UUUUCUUUCCUCCUCUCCCAAGGAACGGAGAAAAGAGGGAGCUCUUUCCGCAAUAAAAAUAAGCAAACCACACAAGGGGAGGGACGCAACGAAGCCAAGACUCGGCAGUAGAGCAACAGGGAAAUUAUUAAGCAAGAGUAGAAGACGAGUCGAUGGCCUCUUCUCGCUUCUUCUUCUUCUCCUCCCUUCUUCUCUUGGCGUCCUUCCUUUCCCUGUUUCUCCUCUCCCAUGGGGCCAUCUCCUCUUUCCCCAACCUCACCAGCCUCUCCUUUGAGGAAGGCUACACCCAGCUCUUUGGCGACUCCAACCUCAUGCUCCACCGCGACGGCAGGGGCGUCCACCUCUCCCUUGAUGAGAGAACCGGUGCCGGUUUUGCCUCCCAAGAUCUCUACCUCCAUGGAUUCUUCAGCGCCGCCAUCAAGCUCCCUUCAGAUUAUGCCGCCGGGGUUGUUGUAGCAUUCUAUAUGUCAAAUGGGGAUGUAUUCGAGAGGACGCACGAUGAACUGGACUUUGAGUUCUUGGGGAACAUAAGAGGAAAAGAGUGGAGAGUUCAGACCAAUAUCUACGGCAACGGGAGCACAGCGAUCGGAAGAGAAGAGCGAUAUGGGCUCUGGUUCGAUCCCACAGAAGAUUUCCAUAAGUACUCUAUCCUGUGGAGUCAUGAUCGAAUCAUAUUUUAUAUUGACAAUGUUCCUAUUAGAGAGGUGGCAAGGACUGAAGUCUUGGGUGGUCAGUUCCCCUCCAAGCCCAUGUCCCUCUACGCCACCAUAUGGGACGGCUCUAACUGGGCCACCUCUGGUGGCCGCUACAAGAUCAAUUACAAAUAUGCCCCUUACAUUGCCGAAUUUGCCGAUCUCAUCCUCGAUGGCUGUGCAGUCGAUCCCAUGGAUCACACGCCUACAUGCAACGGGCUUGUUGCUGACUUGUAUGAUACCAUCACGAUCUCGACCGAUCAAAGGUUGGCAAUGGAGAGAUUCCGAAAGAAGCACAUGACCUAUUCAUACUGCUAUGACCGCAUCCGAUACUCGACUCCAUUGCCAGAGUGCUCCGCUGGUCCGGAGGCCAGGCAAUUCCAAGAGUCAGGCGAGGUGGUGAGAUUCGGCGAUCGCCGCCGCCGUGGGAAGCGGCACCACCAUGCUCCAACUAAUUCCGCCAUCUGAGUCCGACUCACCACCGGAACGUUUAGGUAUUGGAAGGGUAGAUUAUUUUGUGUAUCAUGCAUUCUUGUGCUGUAUAGUAACUUUAUUGGCAGGUGGGUGGGUAGGGUUGGUAGAGGGUAGAUUCAUUAUUUAGAGGACGUAUAUAUGCCUGCAUACCUUACUGUGUCCAUGCUUGUUUUUGGUGCCCAUCUUCUUUACCGUAGAUAUCUUUCCUGAACCUGUUCCUUCUACCUCCUCUCCAGCUACUCAUACUGUUAACGUUGGCACCUGAAAUAAAAAUAUGUGGCGAUCAUGAAUGAAUAAGAUAAAUAAAAGGUUGAGAAUUGUUCUUUGCA